AUGAGCCAAGAGCCCAAAGAUUCCAAGGAAUCGACAAAAAGCUCGAAGUCCAAAAGCAAGGAGAAAAAAGAAGCGGAAGGGAGCGUCGCUGAUGAGCCAGCCGGUGCAGCACCAGAUGAGCAGUUCAUUGGCAAAUUCCAUUCAGCCCUGCGGUGGGGAAAGACAGAGGCUGAGGUACAGGCGCUGGUGACAGAUGCCUCGGUGUCCCAGCGCUCUGCAGCAAGAGCAGCGGACCCAAAGACCGGCAAUCAAGCUUUACACAUCGCAGUGCAGAACGGCCACCGAGAGUUGACACAGCUCUUGAUUGCUUGGAAAGCAGAUGUUACGGCGCAAAAUUUCAAGGGGCAGACGCCUCUCCACAUGAGCGUUGAGUAUGACUUCUAUUUCAUUUCCAAACUGCUUCUGGAGAAGGGUGCCAAGAGGGAGGUGGAAAAUUCAGACGGUUGUCAAGCGAUCUUGGGCAUCAGUGGCAGCAAAGAGGGUGCAGAGGCAUGGGAUGUUCCGAUAAACAUCCUCAAGAAUGCCGCCAACAAGGAGGAAGUCGAACUGGCGUACAAAGCCCUGGAGGGUGCAGAUCCCACGAGCCUGGACAAAGCAAGCCUCGCUCGUAUUGGGAUGCUGAAGGCAAAGGAAAUGCCGGAUGUCUGGGACAAGGGGAGAUUCGUCGAACUUCUCAACAAGGUGUGA